AUGGCUCUAUUGAGCCGGCAGCAGUCGUUCGAUGGACGUAUCAGUCGUGCAUCUACUACUUCUAUACAAUCCAAAGCACUCGGGCCUCAGGCUCCCCAAGGUUCUGGUGACAAACUGGACGCCGCUGCUCCUGGAGUCCUCUCUAUGCUCAAGACAUCGACCGAUGUUGGAGAUGUAGGCGAAUUCUCGCACAACACAGGUCGUCUCCCAGCCGCUCUUCGCCCGACACAUCAACGCAGAAACAAUUCAUCCCGUCUCUCCAAUUCGUCUAAUCACUCUGUGUACACGUACCACACUAAUCACAGCCGUAUCCCUUCUCAUGGCUCGAGAAAGGCUUCCACUGCGCCUAACCCUCAGGGAUGGGACGCCGUCUCAGCUAUAUCAGGCGGUACAGGAAAUGCUAUGUCCGGUAGACAUGGCUCUAUGGUCAGUCUUCAAACACUUGCAACAAUGCCACCUCACGACAACAGAGUGCCUUCGAUGCCUCGAGGUCCACCUAGAUCAUCGCCCUACGGUCCUCCGUAUGUUCAGGAUGGUCGCUCCUAUUCCUUGACUCGGUCACAUCACGCCCCUUCACUCAAGCCAGCCAAGUCUGUGACAAGUCUCAGAAGUCAGGGAGGUGGACAGUUUCAGCCUCCGCGUCCCCCAUUUGCGUAUCCAUCAAGACACAAGCGUCCUGGUUUCCGAACUCCUUCUCCAGCACUGAGUGACUAUACUGGAAACACCUACCAAGCCUCAUACAACCAAGUCCAUACAUUCGAGCCUGAGCCCAAACACCCGAACGAGCAGCCCUCAGCCUACUACGGUCUAAAUGAUCCCACGUAUUACUCUCAUCUCUCUCCACCCCCGGAGUCAUACCAGGGUCGGGGCUAUGGACCGGCAUCUGGCAGAGGCAUGCAUCGACCCAACAUGCCAAUACACAUUGUUGACUAUCCUUAUGGUCCAGCGCCCGGGCCAAGGUACACAAACCAGCAGCAGGCAACGAUGCCUUUUCCCGCACAGCACAACUUUCAGGAGCCCAACUAUCACAGUCAGUAUGGCUCUCCAGUCAAUGCUCUGCCUUCACUAGGGUAUGGCCCAUCACCCAGAUCAGGCACUCCAGGGUUGGAUGCUAUGCCAUCGUCCUCGAGACAGGGCUCGUCGUCUCCGCCAUCGUUGAAUCCAACCACACCCAGAGAUACAACUACGGUUCAGGCCGUGAUCGACCCGACUGUCCUUCAGCCCGCACUCAGUGAGCUUCCCGAGGAGCACUCUGAGUACAAAAGCGUUCAAAGCUACCUCAGAUACACAGAGCAAUCCACUAUGUAUGAACUCGAUGCUUCUCAACCCGCUGCUGCCGAACUCGAAGCAGACACACCUACUGCGAAACGUACUGGACUGGUUCAACGUAUCAGAAACCUGCUUGAAGAUCGUGCUGCAAGUCAAGAACAUCUAUCGUCUAGUCAAAGCCAGCCUCAGCAGGACGUCUCGAAGCUUAUUGUCCCACAACCAUUCCAAAGUCUAAGACAAGAACCGGUCGAGCUGUCUGCCAGCAAACGAUCAUCUGUUCAUGAACCUGUUGAGCUUGAUGUCCCUCCCAGGAUCACAAGGCAGUUAAUUCAGGCCAACACCGCUCCCUCGUCAUCUGAGCACAACACAACGACAUCUCUUGCCCCUGGGGAGACGGUCAAAGCAAAGAGUGAUCAAGAAAUCACUGAAAAGUUUGCAAAGAUCCACACAGAUGAUUCAAAGAAGGAUUCUGGUGGCGAAAAGACUGGUCAUGGGUUGUUUCUCAACUAUUCGGAUACCCAAACAUCUGUUUCAUCAUCGCAACCAAACGGUACUGGUUCUGGUGUGCAAAUCACGCUAUCGAAGCCGGUUCCUACAUCUGAUCACACCAAUCAACUCAUGGCCAAAGUUGAGGACAAGACGAAACAACUCAGUGAAGAGUUUGAGAGUGGCGGUGUCAGUCCUCUACGCCCUGGUGAAGCAGUGGUCAGGGAUUCGAUCGUCAGCCCUAUGGCUACUCAAACUCUGCAUCUCACUGCUGGCCAAGAGCAAACCAAGACCCCAGGCCAGCACCCUGACAGUACAGAAGAACCACUGCCUGAUCGGUCAUCAAAGCAGACUUACGAUACCACAGAAAUGACCUCCGGCUUGUCUUUGCCGACAGGACCUUUUCAGACUCUCGAGGCCAGUCCGUCGUCAGACCAUGUCACAGAUGUUGCCAUCAAGUUCUCUAUACCACGUUCAUCUGACCACGGCAGAGCUCAGUUAGUGAAUCUGAGCAAUUUGUCCGAUACUCCGGUUCUAGCUUCUAUGGAGAUGAAGAAAGCACGUUCUGUUGAAGACAGCAGCUUGCAGGGUUCUUCUCUAUCAAGUAUCGAAAAGGUAGCUCCACUUCGUAUCAGAAGGAUGGAAAGCUUUNUACCAGUUGCCACCACUACUGAAGGAGCGGAUCUUUCCUCAUUCAUCCGUCGCUCGUUUCCGCGCAAGCGAUCGAUGUGGACCACUGCACAGUCUGAUCUCAACAGAUCGUCUUGCGAUUCAACAUCUGAUCUCGGAACAGUGACGUUCAAGACGCGACCUGGAUACCUACCUGAUCUCAACGAGGACUCCAAAGAAGACAUCAGCACCAGAAACACGAAGACAUCACUCACUGGUUUAAGGCUCUCCAACACGCCGUCGUUGCGCCUAAAGUCUUCCCGUGAUGCUGUUAAAAUUCCAGAGGAAACAACUCAGCAAAGCUACUUGUCACCUCGUCCCCCGAGAAUGUCACUCUCAGAGUUGCGAGAAAUUCCUUCUCUAAACUUCAGCCGGAUGGAUCUCUUCGACAAGCUGAAUGAAGAGCUUGAAACACAUAUAUCUCGAUCAUCAAAAUCCUUGGCUGGAGUCAAAGGCGAGAGGAAAUCUGGUACUCGUCCCUCACCACUCCCACAUCCAGCAUCGACUGACCACAUACGUGAGAGAUACACGAGCUUCUUCAACAACCCUGAAAACUCCGAACCGCCUGAAGAAUCUACUGUUGAAGCUCUUGAUACACUGAGCUCAUCUCAAACACCUCCGGAGAAGAAUCAGAACGAUGCAGACAUUGUUUCAACUAAGUCUUUUGCUCGCUCAGUCAGACCAAUGUCCACACAGCAGAUGCUGGGCAUGGCUUCGGAAAUCAGCCGUCUUCCCGUACCAUCUGUAGCCGCUCUUUCGGAGCGCUUGUCGACGCUGUUGCCUACUAUCAAACACCUGCAUAUCGACUGUGCUCCUGGAGACCAGACGGCAAUGAAUGAUGCCAUUGAUAGAAUCCAUCACCUUGGAAGGCCUGAGGGUGAAGCUGCUGAACUUCUAAGAUCCUCAACAGGUCUUCAUCAGCUAGCCGCUAUCGCAGACAACAUUGCAACUAACGGCACUCAUGACUCUGCUUUCCUCGAAGUUCAGAAGAGUGGACGUUUGAUGAAAGAGUUACCUCCGUUGCCAGAGGACAGUGAGAAGUUCUCGCUAAGUGAUUCUGGUCUUGACCGAAACACUACAUUCAUUACUGAGGGCCUGACAAGUACUUCAGAGCUUGAGCCGCCAAAGCCUGCUCUGCUUCGCGGGAAAUCUCUCAGUGUCAUAAACAGCAAGGAUGAGGACUUGCACCCUGGAUUUGCCCCCAGACAUUCUCUCGUGCUUCCUACACAGAACUUGAGGCCUUGGAACCUUGAGGAGAGUUAUCCUUGGUGUGGCAACAGUCCUGGAAUCAAGAUCGACUUUCCCACACCAGUACUUCGUCGUCACUCUUCUCCGCCUAAACUCAUCCACAGACAAAGUCGCGAAUCCAACAGGACCCAGGACGAAACAGAGGAGAACCUAGAUCCAGACAGUACUCUUCCUUCUUCACCUAUGGUAUCGAACACAGAGACCGUCACUCCCACAGUUUUGACCCUUCACGAUCGCAAAUCUUCAAAGAAAUCACUGAUCGGGUCUUUAUCUCGCCGUAUAGGACUGAGCACGCGCGUGCAGUCUGGUACUACUGUCCAGGAAGGUGCCCUCGCUGGAAGGGCAAGUCCCGGUGACAGAUAUCCGUCCACAAGCCUGCAAUCACCAAACACAAUGAACAUAGAAGACGUGCGGUCUUUCUUCUCUGACUCGACAGAAGAAGAACAUGAUGCUGAGCACCGUGGUUCCUUCCGCAAACAGAUCACAUCCUUCCGAGACAAGUCAUCAGCAGUGCCAAAGGGACAUGUUUCUGCACCCUACUCACAGUCGUUAGACGCCCACAGAGGCAGAUCCCUUGAUCAUUACGGUCGGCCUUCGAAUGUUCGCACUACCGGCUCGCUUUUUGGCGACCGCUACACCGAACCUGUCACGCCUCAGAAUUACGAUGGUAUGGUUGGUAUGGGCCGAGUCGAGUUUCGUGUAAAGCGUGUCGCUGAACGCUUGAGACACAUCUGGAUGAAGGGCGGUGAGAUAAUCCGUUCUCUCAGUCAUCGCAGCCGCCAGGUCAAGAGACAGCACAGAGAAAGAGACGUUGAGUUUGACAAUUGGCUCGCAGACAGUCUCUACUCUCGCCAUUGA